CAAACUAGGGUUUCAGUAUUGGUGAAUUAAGCUCGCCCGCGAGAGGCACAGAGGCAGAGGGAGAGAGAGAGAGAGAGAGCCUUCACUUAGCUCCUAGCUACUCAACAAUGGCCGUCGGGAAAAACAAGAGGAUUUCAAAGGGAAAGAAGGGUGGGAAGAAGAAAGCAACUGAUCCAUUCGCCAAGAAGGAUUGGUAUGAUAUCAAGGCCCCAUCAGUCUUCACUGUCCGUAAUGUUGGGAAAACCCUCGUCACCAGGACUCAGGGUACCAAGAUUGCUUCAGAAGGACUCAAACAUCGUGUGUUUGAGGUCUCCUUGGCUGAUCUUCAGGGUGAUGAGGACCAUGCCUACAGAAAGAUCAGAUUGAGGGCUGAGGACGUUCAAGGAAAAAAUGUUUUGACAAAUUUUUGGGGAAUGAAUUUUACCACAGACAAGCUAAGGUCCCUUGUACGUAAGUGGCAAACAUUGAUUGAGGCUCAUGUGGAUGUGAAAACAACGGACAACUACACCCUAAGGAUGUUCUGCAUUGGAUUUACUAAGAAACGUCCAAACCAGCAGAAGAGGACCUGUUAUGCACAAUCAAGCCAGAUUCGGCAGAUCCGGCGGAAAAUGAGGGAAAUCAUGGUAAAUCAGGCACAAUCCUGUGAUCUGAAGGAUUUGGUCCAGAAAUUCAUUCCUGAAUCAAUUGGCAGAGAGAUUGAGAAGGCAACUUCAAGCAUCUAUCCUCUGCAAAACGUUUUCAUCCGUAAAGUGAAGAUCCUGAAAGCUCCUAAGUUUGAUCUUGGGAAAUUGAUGGAGGUCCAUGGUGACUAUUCAACGGAGGAUGUUGGGGUGAAAUUGGACAGGCCUGCUGAGGAGCCUGUGACAGUAGAAGCGGAGGUGAUUGGAGCUUAGAUGAACGAUCCGGGGAUUUCCUUUUUUUUUUUUUAAAUUGAUGUAUGGAUUUCUGAAUGGAGGAAUUGUACUUGGCAUCUUAAUUAGUGUUUUGGUGAAAUUUGAGAGAGAGAGAGAAGUGGAGUUUUGACUUGCAAGGCAAUUUCUAAUUUUUAAACAUUAUAAUAUUAUCUUAAA